GGCGAAUAUUACGGAGGAAGUUGACGUAAAUGCGCUUCCGGUUCCGCUGCUGGAGCUCGCUCUCUUUCCGUUCGGCCAAGGGGAGUUGCAGGGAGCGCGUGGCCGGUGAUAUUUGGCUGCCACCAUGCAGAUUUUUGUGAAAACCCUGACUGGUAAAACAAUCACUCUUGAGGUGGAACCCAGUGACACAAUCGAGAAUGUAAAAGCAAAAAUUCAAGAUAAAGAAGGUAUCCCUCCGGACCAGCAGCGCCUGAUCUUUGCAGGGAAGCAGCUAGAAGAUGGGCGCACACUCUCUGACUACAACAUCCAGAAAGAGUCCACCCUUCACUUGGUGCUGCGUCUCCGUGGAGGAAUCAUUGAGCCUUCCCUGCGCCAGCUCGCCCAGAAGUACAACUGCGACAAGAUGAUCUGCCGCAAAUGCUACGCCCGCCUGCACCCCCGGGCCGUGAACUGUCGCAAGAAGAAGUGUGGCCACACCAACAACCUGCGCCCAAAGAAGAAGGUCAAGUAAAGAGCGUGGAAGUUCAGGGCAGAUGCUUAUCUUUUCCCACCUGGUUUCAGCACUGUUGGUGGCAAAAUGCUCCAUCUCCUGUUCUCGUGGCACGUGGCCUUUUUCUGCCUGCUUGAAUAAAACUUGUUGAUGUCA